AAUAACGGUAGCAGCAGAAAAGCAGGGGGAGAUUAUAUGCUGAUGAAAUGAGACCUUCUUUACUUCCCUUUUUCAUAUUCUUCUCUGUAAUACCGGUUGAAGAAGGUUCAUUUGAAAAUGUUUCCAGUCAAUGUCAUAAAGUUCUCAACGACUGUAUGGAAAUGCAUUCCAGCACCAUCCCUCAGUGUCUUGAAACAAAGAUGAGAAACUGCAGAAGACGUCGCACCAGAAUAAACACCCCAGGCUUGUACAUGAAAACUGUGUCUCCCUCCAGUGAGGCCAGAGUGGACACAGAGUAUGGACAUGUAAUUUAUAUUCCAUCAGAAGCUGUCCAGAAAAGCAGUGAUGAGCAGCUGAAAACUAGUGGCCGUCAAGUGGACUUGACUGUAUCCAUACUCAACCCAAGCCUUUUUGAGGCACAUUCAAAUGAAGGAUCUCCUCACGAGCAGAUCUUAGGAGUGUGGCUUGGCAAACAAGAUGUUCACAACCUUUCUGAUCCUAUUAGGAUUGUUUUUGUAAAUGCCAAUCAGAAUGGGACUGGAAAAUGUGUCUUCUGGAAGCUGUCGAACAAUAGUGAGCAAGGAAACUGGAGCACAGAUGGCUGUAAAACCACCCAGAACAACACAGACUUUAUCUGCGAAUGCAAUCACCUCAGUUUCUUUGCGAUGCUUAUUAGCCCUGAUGUGCCAGACCCUGCUCACGUUCAGCGUCUUGUGUAUAUCUCAUACAUCGGGUCUUCUCUGUCUGUGGUAUUCACCAUCAUCAUCAUUGUGCUGUUUCUGUGCCACAGGAAGUCGAAGGCAGAUCACUCAGUCAUCAUUCAUAUGCAGCUGACAGGUUCACUGUUGCUACUGCACCUCUUCUUCCUGGCCAGUUCCAUUUGGUCCAAAACAGAGUGGGUAUUCUGCCAGUCCCUGGGGCUCAUGCUGCACUGGGCCCUGCUGGCCACUUUCACCUGGACAGCUAUCGAAGGCUUCCAUCUGUACCUGCUGCUGGUGCAGGUCUUCAACAUCUACAUCAGGAGAUACCUGUUGAAACUUAGCCUGGUGGGCUGGGGACUUCCUACAAUUACAGUAAUGAUCUGCAGAGUGGUUGGUGCAUAUGGCAAAUACACGAUCACAAAGAACUCCAGCGAUAUCAUAGUAGCCAUGGACCUCUGCUGGUUUAAGACAGAAAAUGAAAACAGCAUCCAUAGAGCAAUGAGGUAUGUAACAGUGAAUGGUUACCUGGGGCUGGCGCUGCUCUUCAAUGUCAUUAUCCUGGCAGUGAUGGUGGUGAAGAUGAGGCAGCUGAGAGCACGGAGCGUCCAGUCCAGAGGCAGGGUGAGGAGGAAGUGGAAAGACUUGGCCACCAUACUGGGACUCAGCUGUGUUUUAGGGCUCCCCUGGGGGCUGGCGUUCACCAUUUAUGGGCCCCUGAGUCUAGCGGGAACUUACCUCUUCAACAUACUCAAUGCCUUUCAAGGUGUUCUGAUGUUCCUGUGGCUCCUAUCUAUCACUUGUAAAUCUAUUCAGGAAGAGCAAAAAUCAACAAAGGACUUCACACAGAGCCACCUCAGCUCAUGAUACUGGAUCUAAACCACAAUGCAAAACCUUCUGUUCUGACAUAAUGCAUAACAUUUCAUCAACGGUCAUCACAGUUCAGACUUCAGUGCAUUUUAUUAUACAUUCAGUCUAUUUACUUUGUAUUUGUUUUAACUAUACAUAAAUAUUUUAUAAUAUUUUAUUGUAGAUUAUCACAACAGCCCGAUUUUGAGUCACUGUGUUUACACAUGAGCAAAUAUUUUAGGCAGUCAUGAAAAUUGUUUGGGAUUAUUUAUUUGUUAAACUCAAUAUUAUAUGGGAAUAAAAACAUAUCGCUGUUGUCGGAAGAUAACCUCGAAUCUCCAAAUUUACGGGACAAGGAAAACAACAUACCUUACUUUUAAUGCAAGUCUGUGGAACCAGAUGUCUUUCCAAGUAAUUGUGGGCCAUUCCUUUUGGUCCAUUCUUCAUGAAAUUUACACACAAUGUAAAUGGUAACAGGCAUUUGCAAAUACUUUCAAAAAACAACAAAAACUGAGAUAAAAGGUUUUCUUCCAACAGCAGCGAAAUAAACAGUUCACUAAAGUUUCAGCGAAGUUACUGAACACACCUACUUUAAUUUAAUAAAGGACUGAUUAGCCAAACUAAGCUUUGCAUGGUACCUGUAAAUACUGGGCUUCUUCAAGGAGAGCUUUGGAAAUAGUUUAGCCAACUCACAACCAUUAAAUCACAAAGUACUAUUUGUGUAUUUGCAUGUAUGUUAAAAGCAAUAAAGACUUAUUGUCAUAUCUGAAAUAAUGUUAUACAAAACCAUUUAUCUGGCCAGUGAGCAUUAAUUUACAUAAUCUGCACAUUUUAAUGCACAAUUACUGUUACAAUAUGUUAAACACUGCAAAGUGAUAGAAAUUGCACAUUAUAUUCACACACAACUAGGGUUGAAGUGUCUUUAUCACAUCCCCCAUUUUGUCUUUUAUGCUGUUUUUGUUAGAUUUUUUAUGUGUGUGUUUUAAAACAGUUUAACAACCAUCUUUGGUUUAUUUUGGGUAUAUAUAAUGAGUAGCCUACUAUUUAUUCUGGCAUAACACAAAUAAAACCAUGAAAAAAAACAA